UAUAAAGCUGAACGCGGGUGUGUGGCCAGCAGUUCAACUUAGACCUUCCACCUCUAUACAGACAUGAAGACAGUGGCUCUGGUACUCUCUGUGGCGGUGGCGGCGUGGGCGGGUCCUCAGGGCGGCUACAACAACCAGGGACCGGUCGUGCAGGGACCGGUCGUGCAGGGACCGGUCGUGCAGGGACCCCGGUACGCCUCAGCACCCGCCCAGUACAACUUCCAGUGGGACGUCAACCAUUCACCUUCAAGCAAUUUCUACGGACACCAGGAGGGGAGGGACGGAGCCAACACUAAGGGCAGUUACUACGUGCAGCUGCCCGACUCUCGCCUCAUGCGUGUUGAGUACUACGUUGACGAAACUGGCUACCACCCCACUGUGACCUUCGAGGGAGAGGCUCAGUUUCCCAGCGGCCCCUCCAGGGGCUACUCCCAACCUGCGUCUACUCCCCAGGAGACGUACCAACAGCCAGCCCCAGCUCCCUCACAGCUCUACUCUACACCGUAAAAAUGAGACUAAUGAUCAUAAGCUCUAAUUAUGGUUUUAUAUGUACAGUACAUCCUCCAUGACCCGUCGUCGACUGCUUGAUUAAUUAUUCACAAACUUCUCUGUUUGACUCCCAGUGGAUAGCAACUGAAGUUCUUGUCUUAAAGGACAUCUAGUAUCCAGUGUAGGUCCUGUGUGGUAUUUCCUUCACAGUAUUUUCCUGGUUUAAUUCAUGUUUCCACUUUACCAUCUCCACAUAUAGAUCCAACAGCUCUUGGCAACAAUGUUUUGUUAGAGUUCUUGUAUAAAGGUUGGUAACUCCGCCGCCUAGUCUCUGUAAUAAUGCUUGUUAAACGAUGUACACGUAGCUAUAUUUU